AUGUGCGAGCCGCGCUCAAUCUUCACUGGGAAUGACACGACGGCGCCUCUCGACUCCAAGCACAACCACCAUCAGCACAACCACCGCCCGCUAAUCACCACGGAUCAUCGCCAUUUCCUCGACCCGCCUCGCGACCCGCUUAACCCACACAGCCCACCACAGAACCCAUGGACCCCCCUAUCGCCGCCUAAUCAUCGCCCACUCCUCCAGCGGCCCGGCUCUGCGCCGCUGCAACGCCGCCCACAUCACAGCAGCAGCAGCGCAAAGCACUUUGCCCUGACGCUGCCCACCGUGCUCGGCAUCAAGCGCCCUCUUGCACCCUUCACCACCAACGACACCCCGGCCCCCGUCUCCCCGCAGCUCGCAGCCCCCGCCAGCGAGCCCCUGCACAAGCGCCGCAGAGCGCUGCCUCACACGCGAUACUCGCUCGAUCGCUUCACUCUCGCAAAGUCUGCCCAGCCCCGACUCGGCGCCGAGCCGCUCUCGCCUCUCUUCUUCUCCUCGCGCACCACCCACCUCAACCUACCCCCACGCUUCUCCGGCUCCGAGGCCGCAGCAAGCAUGCUGAGCAAGGCGCGUGAGGAUACCACCAUCAAGACGGUCACGCUUGCGAGAGGCACCUAUAGUGGUCUGAGCCCGCCCGGCCAACCGGGCGCCGCAAGCGCCAGACUGUCGCACCGCUCCAGCCUGCCACGCACCGCAUCCCCAGAUUUGCGAGAAAAAAACGACCCGCUGCGCCUGCUGGCAUCCAUUGGUAUAGUCGAACUGCUGGAGCAAGAUGGCCGGCCCACGUUUGUUGUCGAUGUCGGCGAAUCCACAAGCCACGACUCUGACUCGUUCAGCCUGCAAAUAUUGUUUGCUAACAACGCCCUUCGAUCCAACAUGUUGGCCUGGGAGCUGGUAGCCGGCAAGGCCGUGGCAUCCACGCCCGAGGACUCCACAUUACAUGCAACCCAUCAGUUCCGCACCUGGCUGCUCAGUACCGUGCUCCAGACCCAAGACAGAGAUACCUAUCCUUCUCCCGUAAUUUUUGGCAACAUCACCUGGUCGUGUUUUGCGCUCCGAAAACGGCUGCGCGUCGUCUCUGGUCAUGUAUCUACCCCUGCAACUGUUCUUCCUUCCGCGCAUCCUCCCAACGACGCUGUCAUCCCUUCGAUAUUAUCCAUGACGCGUGCUGCCAACACCGAAGCUGAUUCCUCAUCAUCUUCAGCCCAAGCCAACCAAACACAAGACUACUUUGGCAAUACAGCGCCUGCCAUUCCGCAAGGAGUACCUACGCCUCCCAUUUCAGCAUCACAGCCGGAUUCGGUUCACUCGAAACUCGGCGAAGCUGGUCAGGACGUGCUCCCAAAUCACACUCCCAAAAUUACUAUACCUUCAGUGGACGAGCGUGUUCUCUUUGCCAACGAGUGCGUAUUGCGGGCUUACACUGCAGGCGACGUUGACCCGUUUUACAGAGAAACCACCGAUCUGGGAGAGGAUGUUCGCGACAUUGGCUUCUUCGACUGGACCAGGAUAACAUUAUCAAAUACUCUCCCCAAGCACAUUCAGUUUGCUCGCUCAGUAGAUUGGGCCUCCACACCCUUGGGUCCUAUAGAAUACUGGUCUAAUGACCUACGCGCCAUGUGCAAUCUCAUCAUGGCGAGCCCUCACCCCGCCGCCAUGUACUGGGGCGAAGAGCUUGUCGCCAUCUACAACGAGGCUUAUAUUGGACUGGCAGGCCAGAAGCACCCCACGCUCAUGGGCCAGAGCUACAAAGUUGCCUGGGCAGAGAUUUGGGAUGAGGUCAAGGACGUCUUCCAGAAUGCACGUCUUACUGGGCAAGCUACCAUGAAGGACGACGAUUGCUUGUUCAUACUGCGGAGUGGCUUCAUUGAAGAGACUUAUUUCUCAUGGUCCAUUAUCCCCAUGGUCGGUGAGGAUGGAUCAGUCAUGGGCCUUUACAACCCAGCGUUCGAAAAAACACGGCGGAAGAUUGCCGAGAGGCGCAUGCUUACACUCCGCGAGGUCGGCGAACGCACGGCCACGGCUAGAGAAGUCAAAGGUUUCUGGGAUCAAGUCCUUCUUGCAUUGACCGAGAAUGAGUUCGACACCCCAAUCGUAAUGCUCUACAGCGUAAACGACGAGAAUGACAGUGAUUCGUCCUCGCUACAUUCCAACAGCUUGCUUGGCUCCAAACAGUGUUACUUGGAAGGCUCGCUCGGAGUCCCACCGGGGCAUCAAGCAGCACCCGAUCAAAUCGACCUCAAAGACGGACAAGAAGGCUUUGGGCCCGUCUUCCGAGAAGUCAUGAAGACAGAUAAGCCAGUGGUUGUGAGUAUCGGGUCCACUGACUUGCCACAUUCCAUGAUGGAAGGACUGGGAUGGCGUGGCUUCGGGGAUCCCUGCCGCGAGGUCGUCAUCUGUCCGAUUCACCCUACCACAGGCGAGAACAUUCUCGGGUUUCUUGUCAUGGGUAUCAAUCCAAGAAGACCCUAUGACGAUGAUUAUAAUCUCUUUGUCCAACUGCUUAGUCGUCAACUGGCUACGUCACUGGCUUCUGUCGUGCUGUUCGAGGAGGAGAUCCGCAGAGGUCAAAGAGCAGCCAGACUAGCGGCAGAGGACAGAUAUAACCUCUCGACACAGCUUGCUGCACGCACACAGGAAGCUCGGGAAAGCGAAACAAGGUUUACGCGCAUGGCAGAAUUGUCUCCAGCGGGUUUGUUCAUUGCUGACCACGUUGGGAGAAUAACCUAUUGCAACGACACUUGGUACGAAAUCUCACGAGUCCCACGAGAGCCCGAGAUGACGGAUAGAUGGAUCGACUAUGUCAGGGACGAGGAUCAACCACUUAUUCUUGAGCAUUGGGAGCGACUGGUCAGCAACACUACACCCAUCAACCUCGAAUUCCGGUUCAAAGCGCCUUGGGAAGACAGAGACCGUACUAAGAGUGAUACUUGGGUGCUCUUCUCAGCCUUUCCGGAAAAGGAUGAGCAUGGACAGCUCAAGAGCGUUUUUGGCAGCAUCACAAACAUCUCACCCCAAAAGUGGGCCGAGGGAUUUCAAAAACGAAAAAUGGAGGAAGCCGUCGAGCUCAAACGCCAACAGGAAAACUUUAUCGACAUUACAAGUCACGAAAUGCGAAACCCACUCUCCGCUAUCCUUCAAUGUGCCGAUGAAAUCUCGACCAUUCUCGGUGACUUUAGGGCUUCAGGUUCGCAGGUCAUUGAACCGGGCAUCGUGGCCGACUCCAUAGAUGCUGCACAGACAAUCGCUUUGUGUGCACAGCAUCAGAAGCGCAUUGUUGACGAUGUCUUGACGCUGUCAAAGCUCGACAGUGCCAUGCUAAUGGUAACGCCAGUGGAUGCGCAGCCAUUGCAAGUCGUACAACGUGCGUUGAAGAUGUUUGAAGGCGAAGUGCAAACAGCCGGCAUCCAAAUGGAAUUCGUUCUUACCGAUUCCUUCACAACACUAGGAGUCGAUUGGGUCAAGAUUGAUCCGUCACGGGUCUUACAGGUGCUUAUCAAUCUAACGACCAAUGCCAUCAAGUUUACAACAACCGAAGAAACAAGGACAAUCAAGGUCGUACUCUCGGCAUCUCGCGAGCGCCCAUCCCAAAGCAGCGCGCCUACAGUCAACUACUUUCCCAUGAAAGCGAAACGAACAGACCAGACCCUUGGUCCUGACUGGGGCAAUGGCGAAGAAAUUUUCUUGGAGUUUGCCGUCCAAGACACAGGCCGGGGACUGACGCCUGAAGAGAAGAAGCUUCUCUUCCAACGCUUUAGUCAAGCAAGCCCGCGAACUCACGUCCAAUACGGCGGAUCUGGCCUAGGUUUGUUCAUUUCGCGUGAGCUUACGGAACUACAAGGAGGCGAGAUUGGUGUAUCCUCCGAGGCAGGAAAGGGAAGUACGUUUGCCUUUUACGUCAAGUGCAGGAGGAGCAACGAGCCAAAGGAUACUCUUGAUGUUGUUCCAGCCUCGGUAACACGGAAAGUGUCGAAUGCGAAAGAAAAGGCAAAGAGUGGAUUGCCUUUGCCGGCAAAGUCGGCAACAAAAACCAAAGACUUUGCAAUGAUGGCAACACAAGACAGUGUUGCGCAAAAGCCGAAGCCACAAAAGGGGCUCAAGGUGCUUAUUGUAGAGGACAACCUGGUCAACCAGAAAGUUCUUCAACGGCAGCUCCAAAACCACGGCAUAGAAACAAAGGUUGCCAACCACGGAGGCGAGGCGCUUGAAGCGCUAAAACUGUCCACUUUUUGGGCAUCGCCGUCAACCGACUCACCCACUUCGUCUCCCUACGAUAUCUCCGUGGUUCUCAUGGACAAGGAGAUGCCCGUCAUGGACGGCUUACAAUGCACGUCCAAGAUUCGCGAACUCGAGCAGCACGGCAAGCUCAGGUGGCACGUGCCCAUUAUCGCCGUCACGGCAAACGCGCGCAGCGAGCAAAUUGCGACGUUGCUGGCUGCAGGCAUGGACGAUGUCGUCAGCAAGCCCUUUCGCAUCGGCGAGCUCAUACCGAAGAUUGAAGACUUGGCCAAUCGCUUUAGCGACAAGAAGACGGCAGACGAGUCUGCACUCAAAGCCCCGACUGUAGUGCCCUAUGGCGUUUGA